AUGGAUCUAUUAUCUACAGAGUAUGAUUCUAGUAGCGAUGAAGAUUCCACAAAGAUCUCAACCAAAAGAACUGGUCUCGGUAGCGCAAAUUCUCAACUUGUAAAACGCCCAAAGAUAGAUUUGGCCCCUAAGGUCAGCUUAGAGGAUCCGAGGCUUUCGAAUUCUAUUUUAAUAAAACCCACCGAUACUCAAAUUAAUGUGAAUAUACCGUACGAUGAUAUGAUGAGACCUGUAGCUGGUCCUGCUAAUCCGUACAGUACUAAAGUGAUGAAUCAAAACGUUUUAACUGGACAUGUUGAAGAACAAGUUUAUUCUGAAGCUUCUUUCAAAACGCAACAACGCACUUUCACUUCUUUUGGUUACGCGUUAGAUCCUUCGCUUAUCACAUCAGCUGAUGGUGUGGUAGGAAAGGGGUAUGUUGGAGAUGUUGAGAAAGCUAUAGCGAUGAAUGGUGCUACGAUUUAUGACCCGACGCCUAAACCGGCUAAUAUGCCAAAAAGAUUACCUAAAGGUGAUUCGGCUAUAUUAGAAGGUGAAAAUGCGUAUCAGGGUCCUUGGGUUGGUUAUGAAGGUGAAAACAUCGGUAAUCCUGUUGGUCCUCCAGAGGGCGCGAUAUCUACAAAGACUGAGACCGAAACUAAAUCCAAGAAAGAAAUCGAGUCCGGAAUGGAAAGAACAAUAUUUCAUGGAAAAUCGGAAUAUGAUUAUCAAGGAAGGACUUAUAUGCAUGUCCCGAUGGAUUUGGAUGUUAAUUUGUUGGGGGAGGCUGGUACUCAAGAAUGUUUUAUCCCGAAACGAUGUAUUCAUACAUGGUCUGGACACAAUAAAGGUGUUACUGCAAUUCGUUUUUUCCCUAGGUCGGCACAUUUGAUAUUGUCUUCUAGUAUGGAUACAAAAGUGAAGAUCUGGGAUGUUUAUGAUGAUCGCAGAUGUCUAAGGACUUAUAUAGGUCAUAAUAAAGCAGUUCGAGAUAUUACAUUCACAAAUGAUGGAAAGCGUUUCUUAACGGCAAGUUAUGAUAAAUAUAUCAAAUUAUGGGAUACUGAGACCGGACAAUGCAUAAAAUCAUUUACCACCGGAAAAAUCCCUUACGUUGUAAAGUUCAAUCCUGACGAAGAUAAGCAGCAUAUAUUUUUGGCAGGAUGUUCUGACAAAAAGAUUGUGCAGUUUGAUGCAAAUACUGGCGAAGUGACACAAGAAUACGAUCAACAUUUAGGUGCUGUGAAUACCAUCACUUUUGUUGAUGAAAAUAGACGGUUUGUUACUACAUCAGAUGAUAAGACGUUAAGAGCAUGGGAGUUCGACAUUCCUGUGGUGAUUAAAUAUAUUGCAGAACCACACAUGCACAGUAUGCCCGCUGUGACGUUGCAUCCUAACAAAAAAUGGUUAGCCUGUCAAUCUUUGGAUAAUCAAAUUGUGAUAUAUGGUGCCAAAGAUCGGUUUCGUAUACAUCGCAAGAAGAGAUUUACGGGUCAUUUAAUAGCUGGUUAUGCUUGUCAAGUUAAUUUUUCACCUGAUGGAAGAUUUAUUAUGUCUGGUGAUUCGGAAGGAAAUAUAUGGUUUUGGGAUUGGAAGUCUUGUAAAAUGCUCAAGAAAUUCAAGGCGCAUGAUAAUGUUGUGAUUGGAUGCGAAUGGCAUCCUCAUGAGACUUCCAAAGUUGCAACUUGUAGUUGGGAUGGAUUAAUUAAGCUCUGGGAUUAA